GGAAGCCGGGUGGGCGGCGCGGGAGCGGGGGCCCCCACCUCCCCUCCUCCGCACCCCGUGCCCCGCGGGGGGCCAUGGCCGCGGGUCUCGGCCGCCGCGAGCCGCCGCGCGGAUGCCGGGGCGCCCCUCCCUAGCGGGGCGCUGCCUCCGGGGCUCCCGGCGGACCGGCGGCAUGGGGGGCGGGGGGUCGGCCCUGAGGGUCUGCGCCGACCACCGCGGGGGCAUCAACUGGCUCAGCCUGAGCCCGGACGGGCGGCGCCUGCUGACGGGCAGCGAGGACGGCACGGCCCGCCUCUGGAGCACCGCGGACGGCCAGUGCUGCGCCCUCCUGCAAGGCCACGAGAGCUACGUGACCUUCUGCCACCUUGAGGACGAGGCCGCCUUCACGUGCAGCGCUGACUGUACCAUCCGGAAGUGGGACGUGCGGACCGGGCAGUGCCUGCAGGUGUUCCGGGGACACACGUCCAUCGUGAACAGGAUCCUGGUGGCCGACAACCAGCUGUUCAGUGGCUCCUACGACCGGACAGCUCGAGCCUGGAGCGUGGACAAGGGGCAGGUGUCCCAGGAGUUCCGGGGCCACCGCAACUGCGUGCUGACCCUCGCCUACUCCGCCCCCUGGGACCUGCCCGGGGCCCCCUGCGCCGAGGAGGCCGGGGGGCUGCUGGUGACGGGCAGCACGGACGGCACGGCCAGGGUGUGGCAGGUGGCCGGCGGCGGCUGCUGGCAGACGCUGCGGGGCCACACGGGCGCCGUGCUCUGCCUUGUGCUGGACACGCCCAGUCACACGGCCUUCACCGGCAGCACCGACGCCACCAUCCGCGCCUGGGACAUCCUGAGCGGGGAACAGCUGCGGGUGUUCAGGGAGCACCAGGGCCCCGUCAUCUGUCUGGAGCUCGUGAACCGGCACGUGUACUCAGGGAGCGCGGACAGGACGGUCAAGUGCUGGCUGGCAGACACGGGGGAGCGCGUGCGCACGUUUGCAGCCCACGGACACAGCGUGAGCGCCCUCAAAUACCACGCGGGCACCUUGUUCACCGGCAGCGGGGACGCCCGCGCGCGCGCCUUCGACGCCGAGUCUGGAGCGCUGCAGAGGGUGUUCCGCGGUCACGCCUUCGUCAUCAACUGCAUCCAGGUAAACAUUUACUUGUGGAAACCUCUGGGGAACGGACAGGAGGUCUUGAGAAUAAAAGGCAAGGGCAGGGCAGGCUCCAGCAGGAACCCCUCGGCAGGGCGACAAGGUGACGCCCGCCCUCCCGGCCUCAGCCUCCGGCAAGCACAACCCCGGCAGCUCCCCGGGGCUCCCGCUCCCCUCAGCGUGCCCCAAGUCUGCCGUAGAGGCGCCCCCCAGGGGCGUGAUCCCCCACAACGCAGCUGCAGCCCCGCCCCCGACGUGCUGUGCUCGCACACGGCGACCGCACUCCGCUGUGUUCUGUCUCCCCAACACUCUGUGCUCCCUGAGGUCAGCGUGUACUGACUGCAUCAAGAAACAACACGAUAUUCAAAUAAAACAUUUUAAUGAAAAGAAAACUAUACUGCAACUUUCAUCACCGUCCCCUUCCUGCGUCCCUGCCAACCCCUGGUGCUGCAAACAGAAACCUCACGCAGAGUUCUGCCCCACGGACGCUGCUCAACAGUGGGCGGGCACUGAGGUGGGGUCUGUCCUUCUGGCCCCGUCACUGGGUCCGAGAACGAGAACGGACCCUGAGAUCCAUACCAGGACUGGGGACAAAGGCCCUGGGAGGGGGGCUCCGUGUGCCGCGGGGGACACGGGAGAGGAGGUCAGGGGAAGAAGGGGCCCUGCGGCCACACCAGGGGCGCUCAGGGCAGGCCGAGAGGCCCCGGGGGACGCACUACCUUCAGGGCUUCGUCCAGGUUCCCGCUGGCCUGAUGCAGGGCCUGCUUGGCCGCGUGAGUAGAGUAGCCCAUUCCUUUCAAAGAGUUUAUGUUCUCCAGCCGGCGUCUUUUCUUCUCUUUUUCCUCUUUCCUUAUUUGGGCCAAUUCCUUUAGGAAAACAGCAAAGUCACCGAGUUGGGGACUGGGAUUCCGUAGGGAGACCUCUCGGUAUGCUCUGUAGGAUUCUUGGGGUCGAUGGGCCAAGCGAGUAACAAAAGGGGAGUGAACCGCUCCGCACGUCUCACCCAAGCAAGAGCAUGAGGGCUGCAAGGGCAGGGGGCACGCGCUGUCCCUGGGGCAGGGCCCGUGGGGGUAGAGACCUCCCUCCAGGCCCGGAAGACAGUGCUGCUUAGUCACCGCCAUCCCGACCAGAACAGGCCACUCGGAACCAGGGAACUCAUCGCCGCCAGGCCAGAGAAGCGGAUGGACCCUCUCUGGGGGGGUGGGGGGGUGGGGGGGGGGGUGGUACUUCCUGGCCCCUCAUUAAUCCCCGGGGAUCUUGUUAAAAUGGUGGACUCUGAAUGGGGGUUGGGGGCAGUGUCCCAGGUGACCGCAGAGCUGCAGACCCGACCCACCCCACUCCAGGCAGCAGGGACUCAGAUGCCUCCUAGGGCCUAUUAGCCUAUUUAAAACCUCCAGAAUGGUCAAUGUUAGGUGACAAAGGUCAUCUAGUCCCACAGUUCUUGACCCCGGGUCUCGUAAGUGCCUACUGUUGCCGCGAGAGUCUGAGAAGGGCUGUGGAGAGUUCUAGCCUCUUCUCUCCCAUCCCAGCCCCACAGAAGAGCGUUCAGAAUUUUUGAAAACAAAUGUAAUUUUUAAAAAACGGAUUUUGCUGACAGAAAACAAAACAAGCUAAAACAACUCUGAAAAGCACUAGUUUAAUCCAACCUCAUCAUUUUGCCAAUAAGAAGACAGAAAAUCUCUAAAGAAAGUUAAGUGGCCUGCGGACCAAGGUCACAGUUGACUGCAGAGCUGGGGUGAGGGCUUCUGCACAAUUCUGGACAUGGCCAGUUCUCACCCAACACAGAGAGAACAGCGGAGAAGAUGGCUCUCUCUCCUCUGUUAGGUCUGUUCCUACCUCCGUGGCUCACCCAAAGCACCAAGUGCCCCCCAUCUUCUUGCACAUGGGGGGGCCGUGGCCUCAUCUCUUAGGAAGAAAGGAGUCCUCACGGCGCAGCCAGAAAUUCCCGCAGAGUCAGCAGGAGGACUCACAGAACCGAGUGACUCCCCCAAACACCCCUGGGGACAAAGGCGUUCUUAAACUAAAUUCCUGUUUCAAAGCGGACAAGGUGCCGGUAAGCACCUGCAUCACCAGGAGCAUCGCGGCAGGCCAGCCCCCUUCACCUGGGUUCAUCUGUUGUGAGUCCCCCACCCCAGCACUGCCGCGGCACCCCGCACAGGCUGAGGCCGGGCCAUCUCACCCCUGCUCCGAGUCCCACCCGAUCAGGUGCCGGUGCCCCUUCCUCGCCCCCCCGGCCCCCACGCCCCCAAGCUGCCCCCAUCCUGCCGGCGCCACAGCCACGCAGGCCAGCAGAGCGAUUCCGUGGCCCUCACGUUUCCACCUUUGUUCGCACCUCCCCGCCACCCAAGCUGCCUUCACCCUGCCCAUCACCGCUUCCGAUUUCGGCUUCUUCCACUCGUAUUUCAAAGGGCUAAGAAGGGGCGCCUGGGUGGCUCAGUCGGUUGGGCCUUCGACUUCGGCUCAGGUCAUGAUCUCACGGUCCGUGAGUUCGAGCCCCGCGUCGGGCUCUGUGCUGACAGCUCGGAACCUGGAGCCUGUUUCGGAUUCUGUGUCUCCCUCUCUCUCUGACCCUCCCCCAUUCAUGCUCUGUCUCUGUCUCAAAAAUAAACAAACAUUAAAAAAAAAGGGGGGGUGGCUAAGAAACGUGCGUGGCGUUGGAACCCAGAGCAAGACGCAGCCAGCCGGGAGACACGGGGCUCAUGUCACACAGACCUGAGACUGAGUUGGAGCCUCACGGAGUUCUGUUUAAUUACAAAUGUCUACACCAGCUCUUAUUCGUGUCGGUACACAAGAGGAUACACAAUCUUUUCUGACGUUUCUCUUUAUACUAGAAACCGGAGACACAAAGCAGACCAACCGGAGGACAGUGGGCACUGCACCGUGUGCCGGGUACCCAGCCCAGCCUCCCGUGCGGAGCGGGCUCAGGGGCGUCGGGGGAACGGGGACAUCCGCCUCUCCCUGCCGCCCAGCCCUUCAGCAAUGCGGCCACCUCGGUGUCUGCUGCUUUGGCCCGAAGGGGAACCAGCCUGUACUCGGGAUGAGCCCCGGGGAGGCCCCAGGAAGGGCUGUGGGGGGGGGGGGGGGGUUCUAGUGUCUUCCCUCCUCCGCCCCCACAGUGACUGCUUAGAAGGCAGCCAGUCAGCGAGCAGCUCGGGGUUGCUCGGAUGAUUCUGAAGCGCAGACCGAGCUCCUGGGGUGAGGAGAGGACCCUGACUACAAACAGUGGACAGACCCGGAAGCCAAGCUCUCCGCCCCGGGGGGAAGCCACUGGCCCAACUAACCUGAGGGAGACUCAUGCUGCCUCUGAGCAGCGAAGCAGGCCAGUAAUUUCCUGCCCAGAGUUUAAGCCAGUUUGGAUUGGGGUUUUUAUUGCUCUCAACCCAAAGCACCCUGACACAUGUCUACCGGGUCCAAGAGUGAACCGGGUCAACCGCUCUGCAUACACCAUCUUGCCCUUGAUUUUCUCCAAGGGCUUAGGACUUGGUUCAGUAAAUGCACUACGGUAGGACUCCACUGUUCUUUAACAUUUAUUUUUGCUACUUAUAAAGUCAGGAAGUGGUCAUUUUUGCCCCCUCACAGUAUCUCUUGGCUUUUCAGAACCUUUGGUAAAAACUCAUCAGAAUGCUGCUGUCAGAUGGGCGUGGAAAGUGCAUGAGAAAACCAGAGUCUUAGUUCAGGUUUUACCACUGAUUUGACCCACAACCCCAGAAACAUCAACCGCUGAGCCCCAUUUUCCUCAUCUGUAAAACUGAUAAUUAUCUGCCCCAGCGGCCUCAGGCGAUCACAGGCAGAACUGAAUGACGUCAUGACCCUGAGAAUGUUUUUUAUAAACUCUAAAGUAUAUACAAAUGUAAGGAAAGAUUAUGAGAAAUAUUUUUCAGCGUCUCAUUUUAAAAUGCUGGCUUUCCAAAUGCUAGUGAAAUCUUACAAUCAAAAUUAACAAAUGCAGUCUCAGCAAUGCUUGCUUUUCUCCUAGUACUGAACUUGUUUAUUUAUUCAUCUACUUUUAAGCCUUAUCCCCAAUGUGGGGCUUGAACUCACGACCCUGAGAUCAAGAGCUGCACACCCUACCGACCGAGCCAGCCAGGCGCCCUCGUACUGAAUAAGACUGUGUGAAAUGCAAAAACACACAAAACUUAGCUUUUCCAAGUCUCUGCCUUUACCCACUCACUGACUUCUACAGCAAGACCCAACGGACCAUGAUCAGGAGGGCAGUCGGGCAGACCAGCAGACAGAAAGGUAGCUAUACCAGCUGGGGUCUUAAAAGGUGAACCCAGAACAGCCCUUCAGGCUGGCUGCUGUGUAACUGGCCCACGGAUCCACUCCCACUCCAGCACCAGGCAGGCCAGGGACCACACUGGGCUUUCCCGACCAAAUACUCUUUUACUGAAAACUAGCAUAUUAGCUAUGGUAACAUGCCCUCCAGCUCCAAAAUCUACUUAAUUAUUUUUGUUAAUGUUUAUUUUGAGAGAGAGAGACAGAGAGAGAGGGAGAAAGUGGACGAUGGGCAGACAGCGGGGGAGGCAGAGAAUCCCGAGCAGGCUCUGCACUGACAGAUGUGGGGCUCGAACCCACAGACCGUGAGAUCAUGAGCUGAGCCGAAGUCAAGAGUCGGAUGCUUAACCACUGAGCCGUCCAGGUGCCCCCGAAAAUCUACUUAUUUAUAAUUGUUCCAAAUGAUUAUAGUUUUGUCCCUUCGCCUUCAUAAUGUUAAUUGCUCCUAUGACUUGACUCACGUUUCCAGCUAGAAUGCCAUCCCAAACUACAGCUACGGCUCCAAGGGAAAACAAAGCCCCCCUUUAAACUGGUUUCCGGAAUUUACCAUGGUAAGCAAAGAGAGAGAAAGAGAGCAAAGACCCACACAGACAGGCUACCUGGACAACGCACUUAGGAGCCGCAGCAGAAAAUAAAACUGAGGAAACCACGCUGCCUGAAGAUGAAUUCAAUUAAAUGAGACAAGUUUCUCCUGUUUCUUCCCAGUCCGAAGUAUAAAGAGCUCCUUGUUGUUAAUAACUACCAUGGAAUAAUCUUUUUCUCUUCCUUCCAAUCCAAGAGCUAUAGCGUUUUGGAAACAGGCUUACUAUUGCCUCGAGUUUCACACCUACGCAAAGGCGAGCCCGUGUCGCCGAGACCACGUUAAGGUACCUCUCUGCGGUUGGUAAUGUGGGCAGCCGCGUGGUCCACGUUCCCGUCACAUGCCCUCAGGCCAAGCCGGGCCUCCUGGGCAGUAAAUCCCAACUGCAACAAAUUGUGAACUUUUGAUGGAUCAAUAUAUAGCUCUUUAAAGAGUU